AUGCUUGUUUUUCGUUUCUGGCUAAAGAAGCUUUCCCAUUGCUUCAUCGAAAACUUCAAAGUUGAACAAGGCUUUAUCAAUCCGGACAUUCUCGAAUUAUUUUUUGGCGAUUCUCCGUUGAAGUUCCACACAAACCGUUUUUAUCUGAUCGGCAAAGAACACUCCAGUUCUCUUGGAGGAUACGAACUUAUGUACCAUCACGUUGUUAUUCACGGAUAUCGAGGCUUCUAUUUAGACGAUUUUUGGCGAAAAAUGCGUGGCGACCUGGUAAAAGAAGAAGAACGCUAUUUUCAAAUGGAGGAUCCAGAGUUGGAGAAUGAAGAAGAACGUUAUAAAGUUGUGGAGUAUAAAAUGUUUGGUGUAGAUAAUCCACAAGAACAUGAGAUGAUGUAUUUGUGUUUUCCAAUUGGCUCUAAGAAAGUAGAUGUUUGGGGAAGGAGAAAAAUUGGUGGAUAA